AGCCGCCCCCUCCCCCCCAUGCAUCCUCAUCCUCUGCCCGAGCCCACUGAGGAGGAAGACCAUGACCGACCUGGAGAGCUCGAUGGCGACCCUCAUCGCCGUGUUCCAGAAGUACUCCGAGAGGGAGGGAGACAAACACAAGCUGAAGAAGAGCGAGCUGAAGGACCUGCUUCACGACGAGCUGCCCGACCUGAUGGAGCACGUGAAGGACCAGGCCGCCCUGGACGCCCUGAUGGAGAGCCUGGACGCCGACGGAGACGCCGAGUGCGACUUCCAGGAGUUCAUGACAUUCGUCUCCGUGGUUACCGUCUGUUGCCACGAGUUCUUUGAGCACGAGGACGAAUGAGGGGGGGGGGGGGGGGGGG